AUGAGCGAUCACACUUUGUUUACAAAGAAUGAAGGAGGAGGAGACGUUCUUAUUGUGAAUUUGUAUGUCGAUGACCUCAUCUUUACAGGAAGUAGUGAGAAAAUAUUCAAAGAAUUCAAGAGCUCAAUGAAGAAGGAAUUUGAGAUGAUUGAUAUGGGAUGCAUGAGAUAUUUUCUCGGUGUGGAAGUUACACAAACUUCAAAUGGAAUUUUUAUAUGUCAAAGGAAGUAUGCUAAUGAAGUAUUGGAAAGGUUUGGUUUACAAAAUUGUUCAUCUGUCAGUAACCCAAUUGUUCCAGGGUGCAAACUUACAAAGGAUGUUAGAGGGCUGAAGGUUGAUGCUACCACAUAUAAGCAAAUGGUGGGAAGUCUUAUAUGCUUAACUGCCACUAGGCCAGAUCUGACGUAUGUUGUGAGUCUGGUGGCUCGUUUCAUGGAAGCUCCAAUGACUAUGCAUCAACAAGCUGUGAAAAGGGUUCUGCGCUACUUAAGAGGGACCACUGAAUUGGGGUUGUUUUACAAAAGAGAAGGAGAAGAGAAUUUGGUAGCGUUCUGUGAUAGUGACUAUGUCGGUGAUCUUGAAGACCGAAAGAGCACCUCAGGGUAUGUUUUUAAGAUGUCAAAUUGA